GCAUCGCAUCGCGCCGCGCCGCGCUAUUGUGAAGUGCGCUUAAGGUAAUAUAGUGAAAAUCUUUCGUAUCAUACAAUACAAAUAACGAAAUUUCAAACACUACGCAGUUUGUAUGCGUUCUAUCCGUUGGUUCUAUCUCACAGUUUUACAAAGGUUUGAGGACUGAGGUUGAGGUUUCCACGAGGGAACCGGGAGAUUGUUUUGGAAAACAUCAAAAAUGGCGCAGAGGCCAAAAAGGACUAAACUGAAGAGACUGAAGAAAAAACUUAAUGACUCUGGCUUGACAGCAGCGCAAAAGUUGGUUGCGAAAGCUAAUCAAAUGGCUGAUCCUAUGGCUGCAUUUGUGGAUCUCCGGAAGUAUGAAAGUGAUGGCUUGGUGUUUCAUCUAGAGUGCAAGAAGGCGUCACUCUUACCGCAGGCAACUUUGGAUUGGGCAUUUGAGCUGUUGAAGCGAAACAUGCAAAACUUGUACGAGCAGUGUGAGUGGGGCUGGAAUGAGAAGGCAAAGAGAGAUGAAAUGACUGAUGAGAUGGCUUGGUAUCUUACAGCAACUGCCAGCGACAACCAACUAGUAGCAUUUUCACACUUCCGAUUUGAUGUUGACUACGGAGAUGAAGUACUUUACUGCUACGAGCUGCAGCUGGAUGGGGCAGUGCGCAGGAAGGGGCUCGGACAGUUCAUGUUGCGGGCCCUGGAGCGGAUGGCGUUCUCUCUCCGUAUGAAGAAGGUGGUCCUCACGGUGCUGAAGCUCAACCCGCCCGCCGUCGCGUUCUUCACCGCCCUCCGUGUGUCGUGUGGCCCCGACAGCUACACCCUGGACGACACAUCACCUCGGGAGGAGACUGAUGGACAGCGCGACUAUUUGAUACUCAGCAAAAAGAACAGGAAGCGUGGCAAGCUCAAGUUUUCGUAAGUGUGAAACAAACCAUGUGCAAAGACAAAGAGACAUUGGGCAGAAACUUUGAUCGCUGGUGAUGUUUGGGUGCGGAGACUGUGUAUAGUGUAUAUUUUUAGUUUUUAUUCAACUUGAUAAUAUUUAUUAAACACAUUUUUGUAAGUCUU